CGAACCUCGCGCCGCCGUCAACAUGGGCGCAGGACAGAGCCAGAUCCUCGAGGACAUGGAGAAGAACUCCAACUUCUCCGCCGUCGAGAUUCAGCGCCUCAAGAAGCGCUUCAUGAAGCUCGACCGAGAUGGCAGCGGCACGAUCGACAAGGAGGAGUUCCUCCAGAUCCCGCAGAUUGCGACCAACCCGCUCGCGAGCCGGAUGAUUGCCAUCUUUGACGAGGACGGUGGUGGGACGGUCGACUUUCAGGAGUUUGUCGCCGGCUUGAGCGCGUUCAGCAGUCGGGGAGAGCGCGACGAGAAGCUCAAGUUCGCGUUCAAGGUGUACGACAUGGACCGAGACGGCUUCAUCUCGAACGGCGAGCUGUUCCUCGUCCUCAAGAUGAUGGUCGGCAACAACCUCAAGGACCAGCAGUUGCAGCAGAUCGUCGACAAGACCAUGAUGGAGGCGGACCAGGACGGCGACGGCAAGCUCAGCUUUGGCGAGUUCAAGGACAUGGUCGCAAGCACCGACAUCGCCAAGCAGAUGACGCUCGAGGACAUGUGGUGAGGGGAGAAGGUCGACAUGGGCGCCCCGAGCCGAGCCGUUGCGGGAGGACGUGGUCGAGAAGGAGCGCGUCGUCGUCGUCGUCGUCGCGACGAGGCAGAGCGGAAGGAGGGGGGCAUCUUCCUCUUGUAACUGUACCCGACGCUGUAUACCCGCCCCGCCAUCCGUCUCGCUGCAUCUGCACGACUGUCUUGCACG